AUGAAAGAUGCUAAACCUCUGAUUAUUCCUCUUGCUAGCCAUUUUCGACUAUCUGCUGCUCAGUCAUCAAUGUCAGUUGAAGAGAAAGAAUAUAUGGCAUGGGUUCCUUAUUCCAGUGCAGUCGGCAACAUUAUAUAUGCAAUGGUUUAUACUUGUUCAGAUAUUGCACAAGCAGUUAGUGUGGAUAUCUCAGACGCUAUUUCUGUGCUUCAUCUGCCAAGACACCCUGCGGAUCAUGCACCGUUGAAGAUUACGUUUGCUGCUAGGUCAGAUAACAAGCUGAGGCCCUUUCGAUUCUUGAAUGUCUGGACGACCAAACCAGAACACUUGGAGGUGAUUCGCGAGUCUUGGAUUCAAGAUGUGGAUGGACCUCCGUUGCGAGUUUUGUGCUCUAAACUUUUGGCAACCAGGAGGGCUAUUCAGGCCUGGAACAAACAACAUUUUGGGAAUGUAUUUGAUGUUGUUCGAUUUGCAGAAGCUGCGGUACAAUGUGCAGAGGAGGCUGUGGAUCAAGAUGCUUUGGAGGAGUGCCUGAUUGAACUCAGCAAGGCUCAGGCGAAAUUGCGGCAAGCAUUGUCAAUUGAAGAGCAAUUUUGUUGCCAAAAGGCCAGGGUAAAAUGGCUUCGACAGGGAGAUCGCAAUUCAAGUUAUUUUCAUGCUGUAGUAAGACAGAGAAGGGCUCAAGGAAUGAUACACCGCAUUAAAAAUUCGAAUGGUGAUUGGGUGGACACGACUAUUGAUAUAGCAAGUCAGGCAAUCACUUAUUUCUCUGACCUAUUCACGGGCUCUUUGCAGUCGUCUCCUGAUAUGAGGCAUUUAAUUCCGUCCAUGAUCUCAGAAGAGGAAAAUGAGAAAUUGGAGGCAGUACCUACGAUUGAGGAGGUCUAUCGAGUUGUAAAGUCAAUGGAUGGGGACAGUGCUGCUGGACCAGAUGGAUUCACAGGCAAAUUUUUUACAUAUGCAUGGGAAGUGGUCGCCCAAGAUGUCUACAACGCGGUAAUCAGCUUCUUCUGUGGUGCAGAGUUGCCUCGAUUCAUCACCUCUACCUCUAUUGUGUUAAUUCCAAAAAAGCCAAACCCUCAGGAUUUUUCUCAAUUUAGGCCCAUCAGCUUGUGUAACUUCUUCAACAAGUUCCUAUCCCGGAUUUUAGCAGAAAGAUUGGCUUCUGUGUUGCCAAAAAUUAUUUCUCCCCAACAGACAGGUUUUGUCAAGGGCCGAAAUAUAACGGAAAACUAUCUGCUAGCACAGGAGUUAGUAUCCAGUAUUGGAAAAAAGAAUAGAGGUGGAAAUGUGGUAAUGAAGCUUGACAUGUCAAAGGCGUAUGAUCGGGUGGCAUGGGAUCAUAUUAUUGUUUUGAGGAGAUUCGGAUUCGGGGAAAUAUUUAUCAAUAUGGUAUGGCGAUUGCUCUCUAAUGUUUGGUUUUCGGUCAUUAUAAAUGGGUCAUCGUAUGGCUUUUUUAAGUCUACGAGAGGACUUCGUCAGGGUGACCCAUUAUCGCCAGCGUUAUUCAUUAUAGGGGCUGAGGUGCUGUCUAGAGGAUUGAAUAACCUCGUCAUGCAAUCAGGUUUUGUGGGUUUUAAAGUCCCGUAUGCAUGUCCUUCUAUAACUCAUUUAUCUUUUGCGGAUGAUGUUCUCAUAUUUUCAAACGGAUCCUCACAUUCUUUAAAGAACAUCAUGCAAGUGCUUAAAGAGUAUCAAAUGUGCUCAGGACAGCUGAUAAAUGUGCAAAAAAGUUGUUACUUAGUUCAUCCAUCAGUGUCACUGGCAAGACGACGGGUGAUCGAACGAAUCACUACAUUUGCCUGGAAAUCAUUCCCGAUACGUUAUCUAGGGUUCUCACUCUACCUUGGGAGGUGCAAAUCAUCAUAUUUUGGGGAAGUAUGUCAAUCUAUCCUAGCAAAGAUUAUGUCAUGGAAAUCAAGAUUACUUUCCUUUGGAGGCAAGAUAGUUCUAAUCAAGCAUGUAUUGGCUUCAAUGCCAGUGCAUCUGCUGUCAGCGGCGGUGAUACCGGGUAAGGUAUUCAGAACCAUAGAACAGGCUUUCUCUACAUUCUUAUGGGGGUCAACACAAGAGGAGUCCAAGUUUCACUGGAUACGGUGGUCCCAGAUGUGCUAUCCCGUAGACGAGGGAGGAGUCGGUUUCCAUAGGAUACAAGAUGUUUAUAAAGCCUUUUCAUUCAAACUUUGGUGGAACUUCAGAAAGGGAUUGUCACUAUGGGCGAUUUUCAUGAAAGCAAAGUAUUGCAAACUUCUUCAUCCUUGUCAGGUACAACUCAGGCCAAUGGAUUCAGCACUCUGGCGGAGAAUGGUGAAUGUGAGCCGACUAGUGGAGCUCUCUAUGUUAUGGAUAGCCAAAUAUGGAGCCUGUCAUUUUUGGUACGACAAUUGGUUGGGAGAUGGUGCUUUGUUCCUCCGAGCCACGGUUGACACAAAUUUGACGUUCGGUAAUUUCAUCAUCAAUGGGCAUUGGGAUGUAAACUUGUUAUAUCAGAAACUGCCAAAAGAAAUGGUGCCCUCCAUUUUAGAUCACCCAAUCCCGGAAGAAGGGGGUGAAGCUGAAGUGAUUUGGAUGACCACGACUUCUAGAAAAUUUUCUCUAAACUCAGCCUUUCAGGAUAUUAGGCGUGCCCGUAACAAGUCGUUGGUGUUUGAGAGGAUUUGGCAUCCUCGUGUCCCUUUGAAAUUCUCAUUUUUCAUGUUGCGAUUGUUGCUCGGUAGGUUGCCGAUACCGGAUAGAUUAUGCAAACUUGGUUUUCACUUACCUUCAAAAUGUUUUUGUUGUCAUUCGGCAUCACAGGAAUCAAUUGAGCAUUUAUUCUCCAAUGGACGUAUUGCCUCUGAAGUUUGGAAUUAUUUUGGAGGUGUAUGUGGUAUGGACUUUCCAGGACCAUCUUUACGUCCCCGCAUAGUAAGUUGGUGGUUAAGUUCACAUGAUUCUGAGAUACAACGAUUUAUUGCACACAUUCUCCCCGGUAUAGUUUGUUGGCAAAUUUGGAAGGCAAGAAAUAAAGCAAUGUUCGAGGGUUCCCAGAUGCGAUCUUCUGCCAUUUGCAAUGCUAUUUUUUUGGAAAUACAGACCAUUGUGAGGAUUCACUUCAAACAAGUGUGGCGAGUACAGUCAUUUACUCAGUUAUAUGAUUGGUCGUAUUCAUCUACAGUUACCCUUACAUACAAAUUUGUUCGUUGGGAAAAGAAGGAAGCAAAUGGAUAUACACUUAAUACGGAUGGCUGUUCAAAGGGUAAUCCAGGAGUGGGUGGAGGUGGUGGAGUUCUUCGGGAUUCAAAUGGCAUACCCCUGAUAGGUUUCUCAGCAUAUUUUGGAGAAACUACAUGUCUCCGUGCAGAGGCUCGGGCACUCCUUCUAGGUCUUCAAAUAUGUGUACAUAGGGGUUUUGAAAACCUAUAUGUGCAAUCUGAUUCUUUGGCAUUAGUUCGAAUUCUUCAACAUUGCACUUAUUGCCCCUGGCACAUUCGACUGGAGGUAAGGCAAAUUUGGAAGUUAGUCGAAGAUCCGGAUCGUUUUUCGCACUGUUACAGGGAGGCUAAUACAGUUGCUGAUGUUUUGUCUAAUGAGGGCGUAUCUCAUCCAGAAUAG